AUGGUGAGUGAAAACAGCGCAAAGUGUACGUGUAAAUCCAACCAAGUCGGACUUGUCGGGCACCUCCACCUCCACCUCCACCUCCACCUUCUGUAGUCUCUUUCUUUGCCGUUUCUCGGGAGGGACUCCCCUCCCUACCCUCAAACUGUGGGUCUCUUCUCGAUUCCACAACCCAAAAUACUAUUGUCUUAUAAAUUAUUUGCUUAUAUUCCCUGGUAAAAGAAAAAAAGAUUUUUUUUUCCAACUCAGAAUUUCACAAAGUUUAUGCUCGUCCAAUUGGUGGAGCCUAUUGAAUUAAUCAGGAAACUGUAUAUUUGCAGGAUUUUAGAACUUGAAGCUCUUAUUUUGUUGGAGCAACUUGUUACUGGAAUUGUUUUUUUAAUUGAAAAUGAGAGCGGCUGUUCGACCAGUUCGCAACAUAAUAACAGCUUUUCGACAUCAAACGAGUAGUUAUUCAGGUGCUGUCAUAAGAAGGCGAAGUCAUUUGAUUGGAAGCAAUGCUAGUUCUGUUUAUAGGCUGCCUGGGGACGCAGAAAUCCAUAGAUUUUUAUUCCCUGCUAUUUUUGUAUCAAAAGCUUUCUCAACGGAUACUGCUGCUAAAGUUAAUAUCUCAGAAGUGAACAGAGCAGGGCCGCUUGUGGAGUAUGAACGAAGGAUUGCAGCUGGUGAACUGGUUGAUGGUGAUGCUUGCCAGGUAGGCACUUUAAGAGAACUUCAAAGGCUUUAUGAUGAGAUUGUGGAGUCAGCUGAUGCCUGUCGGUUGGAUCGUUAUGCAGUUCCUGAGAAAACUAUAAGGAAUCAGUGGUUUUGGUCUCGUUUAAUGCCACAGUCUUCAUACUCCCCUGUAAAGGGAUUAUAUCUUUAUGGAGGAGUAGGCACUGGGAAAACUAUGUUGAUGGACCUCUUCUUUGAUCAAUUGCCCGGGAAUUGGAGGAAGAAAAGGAUUCAUUUUCAUGACUUCAUGUUGAAUGUUCACAGUCGCUUGCAGAGGCACAAGGGUGUGGCAGAUCCACUUGAAGUUGUAGCAGGAGAGAUAUCUGAUGAGGCAAUUUUACUAUGUCUAGAUGAAUUUAUGGUGACUGAUGUUGCUGAUGCAUUGAUACUUAACCGUCUCUUUAGACAUUUGUUCAGCAAUGGUGUUAUACUGGUUGCGACUUCAAAUCGUGGUCCAGACAAUCUUUAUGAAGGUGGUUUGCAAAGGGAUCUUUUUCUACCCUUUAUUGCCACUUUGAAGGAACGAUGUGUUGCUCAUGAAAUUGGUUCAGCAGUAGACUAUCGGAAAUUGACCUCGGCAGAACAAGGUUUCUACUUCAUUGGCAAAGAUUUGUCAGGCAUCCUUGAACAGAAAUUUCAGCAAUUGAUUGGUGAACAUGUUGCUAGUCCACAAGUAGUUGAAGUAGUUAUGGGUAGGACGUUGCAGGUACCAUUUGGUGCUAAUGGAUGCGCUUACUUCUCAUUUGAGGAACUUUGUGACAAACCUCUUGGGGCUGCAGACUACUUUGGAUUGUGCAAGAAUUUUCAUACCCUGGCUUUGGAAGGUGUUCCAAAAUUUGGGCUCCACAAUAGGACAGCAGCAUAUCGGUUUGUCACUUUAGUUGAUGUAAUGUAUGAGAACAGGUCCAGACUGUUGUGUACUGCUGAGGGUAGCCCACAAGAACUUUUUGAAAAUAUUGUGACAGUUUCAGAUGCCCAGCAAAUGGCCCCUAGAACCUCCUCGAGGUCAAGGAGAAAUGAUGAUUUGGACCUUUGUGUGGAUAAUGAAUUGGGAUUUGCUAAGGACCGCACCAUUAGUAGACUAACAGAAAUGAACAGCAAAGAAUACCUGGAACAGCAUGCAGAGGAGAGGCAGCUUUCUCAAGAAGUUGCAAAUGCAGAUGCUGUACAAGCAUAAAGCAUGAAAGAGAACCCAACCGUUGUUGAUGCAACGACAUACUUGUAUUCAACAAUGUUGGGCUGACCCAAAGAGUACUUGUUUGAAUAUGAUAUUUAUUAGUUUGAAUAAAGAAAAUUAUGUAAUUUGUAAAGUGGAAAAUUAUUAUAGAAAGACCAGUUGUUGAGGAAUUGUUAGAUAUAAUGUUGUAGAAAAUACGAAUAAGAAAGCAAUCCAAAGAGGAGCUAUACACGCAAGGAUUUCAGGAAUUGAUCCGCGCCUUGAAUGCUUUGUCUGCUUUCUUUAGAUAACUUCAAUGGUUUCUCGAAUCAUGCUUAUGGUGUUUAGUUACCAUUCUUCUUC